UUAUACUUUUGUUUGUGGUACCAUUCUUUCUUUUUCUCUUCAUAUCCUUUGUUCUUCUUAGCACCAUGAUAAUGCUGCUCUUUUUUCUUAUCCCAUCCAUUCUUUUCGGUGCUGCCGCCGUAAGGGUGACCACGAUGACGAUGAUGGAAUCCAUUACCACCUCCGCCCUGAUACUUAUCGUCAUCAUCUUCAAACCAUCGGCCGCCAUCGGGUACAGGCACUCCAAUAGGUAUGUAAACGGUUUCGUGAUCAUGUUCCGUAGUAGUCAUUCCUGGCAAGUACUCGGUCGUUGUAUCGUGUUGCGUCACAACAAUAUCAUUUCUACCAUCAUCGUCUCCAGAGAAACUUGGUACGAGUGCUUGAGUCACCGUAACUGUAGCUGUUAUGGCAUCGUCGUUCGUAUAAACAGUGGUUGUGGCUAUCGUUGUUCUCAAAUCUACUGAAAUAAGCGUAUCAUGAUUUGUGACUGUCUGCAUGUCUGUCGUGGUCUCGGUCGUUUCUUGUGUCGUCGUAGUAAUGUCGGUUUCAGUCGUCUUUUCAGUGAUCGUUGAUAACUCUGUUGUUGUUGAGGUGCCCGCGAACUCUGUUAUCGUGCCAAUAGAUCCUUGUGUUUCUGUGGUAGUGGUUAAUUCUGUGGUCGUAUACGUCGACGUAGUGGUGUCUGUUACGGAGACUACAUCUGUUUCUGAAACCACACUAAAGGACACCGUGUAUACUGUAGCAAAGUCAGUUUCAGUGCUCGUUUCGGUCAUUGUUGCCAUAUCAUGAAUGGUGGAUAUAACGUCAAUGGUAGUGGUUGUGCUAUUAAGUAAUAAAAGGAAC